AAAAAUGUCUUUAAUAUGACAUUAUUAAAAUUAUAGUUAUUAAUAAAAACAAAGACAAAAUUUUUACAUAAAGCUGCUCUAAAUUAGUUUAUUUAAUUUAUUUAUUUUUUUGUGGAUCGGCUUUUUUUGCCCAAAGAGAAAUGACAUCACUGACUGUGGGCUGGAGACGGUUAACGGGUCUACUGCGCGAUGUAUUUUCACCCGCCAGCGGCGAGGUAACACUGAGGCGCGAUGCUUGUAGUUUACCGGCACCUGUUCUCUAAAAUGUAUAAUUAAAUUCAAUGUUUCUCAGAAAGUUGAAGGUAGACAUGUUCGAUGACACCAUAACUGGACAGACAAAGAUAUACAAUGAAACAAUUGAAAAUAAUACAAAUUCAAUAUUUUCCCACGUUCGGAUUACAGUCAUACUGUGGCAAUCAGCUGUUCUCUACCGCAUUAUUUUGUUUGUUUUGAUUGACCAUGUCUGAGGCCGAGGAAAAGUGUCAUUUCUGCCGGGAAGUGCCCUUCAAGUACACCUGCCCCAAGUGCAAUGCCUUGUACUGCAGCGUUGGAUGCUACAAGUCCAAGGAGCACCUAAAAUGCUCAGAGGAAUUCUACAAGUCCUGCAUACAGGACGAACUGGCCGGGGCCGCGACAACGCCAGACAAGCAGGAAGAUAUGCGGAAGAUCUACGACAUUCUGAAGCGGAUGCGGGAGACGGACGACGGUUUUAAUCCCCAAGAUUUCGACACAGAUGGGGUGGAGAAUCCCUUGGAUUCAGAUGAAGGCGAAGAUCCGGAACAAGGAGAUGCUGAGGAUGAAGGCGAAGAGGAUGGACUGGCAGGUGAAGAAACCCUUGAAGGGGAAAUGGAGGAAGACAUUGCAACCAGACUGAAAGGCAUCGAUAUCAACGAUGCCGAUGAGGUUUGGAGCCGGCUGACGACGGAAGAACAAGAGGAAUUUCAGAAACUAAUCACCAACGGCGAUAUCAUGAAACUCAUGCCUGAUUAUAAGCCGUGGUGGAACAAGCCGAAGAACUCUAAGAUUGUGGUCAUUCCUUCGCCGGAGGAAGCUGCAAAGAAAGAGCGCUCCAUGCCUGAGAUAUGUGCGAGUAUAGCCAAGUUCUCGGACAUUUGCAAGAAGGUACCGUCGCCCUGCCUACAUUACAAUUUGUGGAACAUCCUCAGUGCCUACGCAUGCGUGGCUCGUUUCUUUGGCGGCGAGCAGAGAACCAACGCAAGCGAAGCUGUGGCUCACCUGGUGAAUCUCAGCGCCACCCUAAAGUAUGGCACCAACUUCGAAGAUGCUGAAGAUGCCAUCAUAUCCGUGGAGAUGGAGGCAAUAACUACUGGAAAUGGACCGGCCGGAGCAGCAGCCGUGGGAAGCGCCGGAGCGGGCUCUAACUUCCUAGUCGAGAGCAGAGAGCAGCUGCAGCAGGAUGCCCGCCAGCUGAUGGCCAUGAGGGAAAACAAGCUGGCUGCUCUGAGCGACGUUCUUCAUCUGCUGCAGCAGACCAAGGCGAUGAGCAAGCGUAAGAAUCCUCAGGAGGCAGAGUUCCAAAAACUAUUUGCCCUGGCCAGCGGCAGUGUGGAGUUGGACCGCACGAAACUGUCCCAGCUGGCCCGAAAGAUAGAAUUCAUGCUGUCUUAUGUGGCGCGGGAGGAGGUCCUGUGAGAUUUCCGUCAAUAUAAAUUUACAUUUUUCAAAAUCCAA